UUGGCGCCAAAGCUCGAGUCCGCGAUCUUCUCUCGGUCUCUCCGGCUCCCUUUAAUUCUCGCAUUUCUCAGCAACGUGCAUUUAUUCCCUCACCGAGAUCGACCUCCAUCCCUCUGCGCUCCAGGGAAUCGUCCAGCUCUGUGCCAUUCAGUCUAUCCCUUCCUUUCCUAUUCAAUUCACACAACAGGCGACGCGUCAGCUGUCCCUCCUUGAAACUUACUACUUUGGCAAUAUCCUUCAUAAUCACUACCGCACGAUCCAAACGCGCAAUCAGUCUGAACGCCGCGAGAAACAACACCCUUCGGAAGUUCUUCGCAAAUUCACAUAUCCAAUAAUCGAAAUCAUCCCAUACCAGACAUCAUGGACGAGCUCAUCGGCCUCUUUGAGCACUUGUUCGACACGUGCUCCAAGCUCGGCAGCCUCUUGUACGAGCGCACGACUGUCAACGUGGCCGGCUCGUUCAAGGACAUGACGCCGCAGCAGUAUAUCCGUCUCGUCAUGAUUGUUGGCGCAUACAUGCUGUUCCGCAAGUACGUCAUCGUCCACGGCGCCAAGUACCAGCAGCGGCAGAUGGAGAAGCGCGAGGCCGAGGAGAAGGCCGAGAAGGAGAAGCGCAACGCUGAAAUGUCGCCGAACGAUUUACGCGGUGCUGCCGGCAUCCCCGAAGACACGGACAGCGAAGACGAGGGCGCCGCGGCGAGUGGCUCGGUCCUGCAGUUUGGCAAGAAGGCCCGGAGAAGGCAGAGGAACGCGAUCAAGAAGCUUCUGGAUGCCGAGGAGGAGCGGCUGCGGCAACUGCAGGAGGACGAGGAGGACAAGGACAUUCAGGAGUUCCUGGUUGAGUAAUCUCUCGGGGCUGUCUGUGAUCCAGCAUCAUAGACAUCGUUUCUCCGCCACCAGGUGGUCAGCAUGGCGUUUGCACGUGUUUCCCAUCGACGUAGGGAUGGUAGGAAUGGUCCCAUAGUAUGGACAUGACCUUCGCCGAGUUUCAUGGAUCCAAUCUCAGCACUGUCGCAGCCCCUGCACAGUCGCCAGUGACUCGAGCUAGAGUGUGAUUUCUGGAACUGUCUUCAAUCAAUGAAGCAGAACGGCCAACUCCGAUUCAUUCCCGUCUCGAACGACCGACAGCUGGGCCUGGAAUCGCAAUCGGUCUUCCUAAACAACCUAAAGCAUCUCCUAAUAGCUGGCUCUGAUAAGGCGCAGCGCCAGGAUGGGGACCCUGAGAAAUGCAGGCCGAUAAGCAAGAUAAGAAAUUAUUCCUCGA